CAUAAUUUCGUAUUCGAAAUCAGAAUCAAGUCAACACUUCUUGGGUGUAUAGCAGCCGUACAGCAAAUCUUUUCUUAACUUCUUCACCGCUUAAAUCAGCAAACAUGAAGUUCGUUAUUGCCGUAGUCAUGUUGGCUCUUGCCGUGGGCGUGCACUCAUCUCUAUUGACAGCUCAAAUUGCACCGGCCGUGUCGUAUGUGACCUCAUCGGUGCAUCCGAGUCCAUUGCUCGCCGCUGGCCCGUGGGGUGGUCUAGGCCCCUGGGGCGCACCAGCUGCUGUUACAGCCUGGGGUGGAAGUGGUCAUGGUCUGUGGGGUGGCAUUCCCGGCAUCUCUCUUAGUCAAGGACCAGGUGCCGCUAUUGCUGCUCCUCUUGCUGCUCCACAUGCCUUGGGUCAUGGUGCAGGUGUUUAUGUGGCGAAAACUCGUGGUGCCAUACACACUGCCCCAUUGGCCGGACACAUUAACUCGGCGACCUCUCUGAAUGUGGCACCAGCUCCAGGCACUUGGUAAGCGCAUCGUGUGUCAUCUUUUCAUCUCGUCGCCAAGAACCCCACCAAGGUCAUAACAUUUCCGCGCAAAUACAAGUGAACACAAACAUUAUAUAUGCAACAAACACAAAACAUGUACGACACGUAUGCCAAACGGAGGAUGCAACCGCAUAGCCUAAUAAUAAUUGAUAUGAAACUCCGUUAUCCGUAAUCCGUAAUCCGUAAUCCGUAAUCCGUAAUCCGUAAUCCGUUAUCCGCUACCGCAACCGCAACCCGCAUAUCUAUGUUUUUUAUAUUAAAUAAUAUACUAUGUACAUUGUACACUCAUACAUUUAUGUACUUAAUGUUAUUUACUUAGGUAAUCAUACUCAUUCAUAUGUAAUAAUGGUGUUUGGGCAAACUGUGUCACAAAAGUUUGCCGAUACGCCGACAAAGGAAAAAAAAUGGGAUUCACAACAACUCACCGCAUUCUGAAGUGGGAUGCGAAAUACCAUUUUCAAAAUAAAGUCCAUAAUAAUUGAAAUAACAAGGACAACAACAACCAACCAACAACAGCAUCCUAACAGGUGUUUACUCUAGUUUCAUGCAAAAGCUUUGAGAACUUUUCACCAACUUACAUAAGCAUGUCUGCUUAUCUGUCACUAUCUGCCGCUUUUUAAACACGAAAUCCUACUUUACUAGCUUUACUAUCUUUGUUACAGCAUUUUUCUUUUUUCACACAUACAAACAUUUAUAUGCAAAAAGUAGCUGAAAAAAUCAAUAAAAAAAUAUUAAAAGAGAA